CCCCAACAAAACCGGUGAGCGUGCAAAGACACCGGCGCCGACAUUCAUCACUCCCCUGAGGUUCUUCUCUCUCAGCUUCUUCCCCGCCGGGAAUUACUCCGACCGUAUCCGCGCAGUAAUAUGAUCGUUUCUCUGCUUACCGCCGUCACACUCUGCACGAUACCUCCGCCCGUUCGUUCCCACUACCACUGGCCGUCCGCCGGCGCCGCUCCCCUGCAAUCGGAGUGGAGGUCGGCUCGCGCCACCUUCUACGCCCCGGCGGAUCCGCGAGAUGCUGUCGGCGGGGCCUGCGGGUUCGGGGAUCUGGAGAAGGGCGGCUACGGCAAGGCCACGGCGGGGCUGAGCACGGUUCUGUUCGAUCGAGGCCAGAUCUGCGGCGCCUGCUUCGAAGUCAAGUGCGUGGACGACACGCAGUGGUGCCUCCCUGGAACUUCCAUCAUUGUGACGGCGACGAACUUCUGUGCUCCCAAUUACGGCUUGGAAUCCGGCGGCCACUGCAACCCGCCCAAUCCGCACUUCGUGCUGCCAAUCGAGGCAUUCGAGAAGAUUGCGAUUUGGAAAGCUUCAAAUAUGCCGAUUAAGUAUCGCAGAAUUAAGUGCAGAAAGGAAGGGGGAGUGAGGUUCACGAUAACGGGAGCGGGGAUCUCCCUGACAGUGCUAAUCAGCAAUGUUGCUGGUGCGGGCGACGUGGUGGCGGUGAAAAUCAAGGGUUCGCAGACAGGGUGGCUUCCCAUGGGCAGAAGCUGGGGGCAAAAUUGGCACAUAAAUGCCGACUUCAAAAACCAACCUCUUUCGUUCGAGCUAACCACGAGCGAUCGACUCACCCUCACUUCUUACAGUGUUGCUCCCAAAAAUUGGAGCUUCGGGCAGACCUUUGAAGGUAAGCAAUUUGAACUAUGAAUCUUAACCAGUGCGGCAAAUUAGGCAAUGUGUUGACUUGUUCAUCCCACAUCGCCAAUGCAGCCUUAUAUUGUGCUGCUAUUUAAUAGCUUGGGUACCUCAACCUCUUGAGUUAACUUUUGGGGUUGAAUUGGGCCCAAGUCUAUUGUUUCAACACAAUGAAAGAAUUCAUAUAUUUAUCUCUGUAAAAAAAUGCCACUGCUUGUGUGUGUGUGUAUGAUUGCGUGUGGCAAAAUGUGAUUAGAAAUACCAAACAGUGCUUAGAUUUUACGCCAUUUGAACGCAAAUGU